AUGGGAAGGAAGGGUGAAGAUCCACCAGGAUGUAAUCAUUCCAUCUCAUCCGAUGUAAUAUUUUCUGAAAGGCGCGGACAAAGUCAAAAACCCGAGGAAUUGUAUGAAAUGAUUGAAGAACUGGUCCCAAAUGGAAAGUAUUUGGAGAUAUUUGGUAGAAAGAACAAUUUAAGAGAUUAUUGGGUGACUAUUGGUAAUGAGUUGUAG